CCAUUCUUCAUUCUCACUCUGCUUCAGAUGCGCAUAAACACCUGAUCAGCUCUUAGUAUUCUCUCAGAGACACUCAGAGAGAGACGACGAUGGCUUCCAUGGGAAUGCAGAUGGGAGGUUGCGCUCUGGCCCUUUUAGGCUGGAUUGGGGUAAUCAUUGUCUGCGCUGCACCCAUGUGGCGGGUCUCUGCCUUCAUCGGCAACAACAUAGUGACAUCGCAGAUCAUAUGGGAGGGCAUCUGGAUGAACUGUGUGGUCCAGAGUACAGGCCAGAUGCAGUGUAAGGUGUACGACUCCAUGUUGGCUCUGAGCACUGACCUCCAGGCGGCCCGUGCUCUGGUGGUGGUUUCCAUCAUCACAGGCAUUGCAGGGAUCAUCGCAGCUUUCGCUGGUGGAAAGUGCACCAAUUUCAUUCCAGAGGAGAGGGCCAAGGCGAGGGCUUCAGUGGCAGCAGGUGUGAUACUGGCCAUCAGUGGAUUGCUCUGCCUCAUCCCAGUUUCCUGGACUGCCAGCGUGAUCAUAAGGGACUUCUACAAUCCUGUGUUAGUAGAUGCCCAGAAAAGAGAGCUUGGGGCCUCCCUUUACAUCGGCUGGGGAGCCGGGGCACUGCUGGUCUUGGGAGGAGGGCUUCUGUGUGCCAGCUGUCCCCGCAAGGAAGAUGAGGCCCCCUCUGUGAAGUACCUCAUCAACAAGCCUGGCAAAGAGGAUUCAUUCCGGUCUUAUGAAACACCAACAAAGACAUAUAUUUGAGUUCUGUAAAGAAGUAAGUCUUGAUGAUGACUGCCUGUUUUUGAAGCUAUAGAAGCUUGGAGUUUUGUCAGCUGUUAUGAAACAUCAAAAAAACAAACAAAAAAAAAGAACAUAUACACGGACAACUCACAAUGAAGGAAAUAUGCAUUGUCCUUAUGAAGGAAUCAAACUCCAGAUAUAUGAAGAUGCUCUCUGUCUGAGAUUGCUUUAAUCUGAAUGAAACUAUUGCUAAUGAACAUCUAUAUGCGGAUUGUUUAAAUGAUAGAAACUGUGUUUUAUAUGUUUGGGAAAUUAUUGGUUUCAGCUGGGAAAAAAAAAUUGUGAUUGCACUAUACCUUUUUUGUUCUUUGAUAUUUUAGAUUCUAUUUUUUCACAAUAAAUGACCCUCUAUAGUAGGUUCUUUUUCCCCAUGCUUCUUGUUUAUAUACAUUUCAGAAAUGCAUCUGUGGUCAUUUAAUCCAAACACUGAGAGAACCUGUUUGUCAGGUACUUACCAGAGAUCACUAUCCAGGGCACAAACACGGUGACUCAGGGACUUACACUCCUGUUGGCUAAUGUGUUUCGUAAAGCAUGACAUACUUUUGAAAGUUUCGUCCAUCACUGCUGCGUAAAUAUUCUGCCUUGUGGGAAGUAAAUGCAUUCAUUGAUUAAAAGGGGAUUUCCUACAGAGGCCAUACAUGUCAAAAAAGUUUAAAACAAAUUAAUGUUCCUUUGUACCCUUGAAUCUCAAAUUUAAGAUUUGGCUUUGAAUUGUCUUGCACUGGAAAUAUGUCAACUCCACCAACCCCCAUGAGAGUACUGUGUUUUCUCAUGUUGUCAGGCUACAGGUUCAAAACAAGAGAGGGGGUCAGAUUACUCAGAUGUCACAGGAAGAAUCUGAAGAGCCUCAAAUGUCCAAAACAGCAAACACUCUGUAUUUCUGCUUUCUCACUGCUUUACUUUUCACCACAGUGACUUCUUGUAUUGUGACCACAACAAAGGAAUAAAAUGGAUGUUGAUGACUA